UGAUAGCACAUGGAAUAUCUCCACCUCAUAUAUUUAAUCUAUUAAAUGGAAUUAUUAAUGGUAAACGCGAAGUUGCAGUAUCUGGAACGCCUAAGAACUAUAUAAAAAUCUACACAGAAUGUUGGCAGCAUAAUUCAAAUCAAGGUCCAAUUAUUCAACAUAUUUUUGAUGACUUGGACAAUAUUAAUUAUAACACAAUUAGUAAAAG